ACUCAAUACCAGAGUAACUAAUCAAAUAAGUGGGCGUGACUACUCAAAGUAAAAGUGAUUGUUGUCGUCAAGUACAGUAUAGUAAGAACUGCUUCGUGUUUACUUUUGCUGAUGAAAAUAACCCACUGACGAAAUAAUAUAGAGUACUUUAAAGGAUGGCAGUUGAUGUAAUGCACGUAUCUGCGAGUGAAGGAUUUGCUAAGAUGGCCUUUGGUGGUAGUGAGACCACACAGCUCACAGAGACAGUAGGAUCAGGAGGAGAAGAAUCUAGUAGCAGCUCUGGUGGGUCUAGUCUGAGCAGCUCUCUCCUGGACCUCUCUCUCUCUGCUGACCAUGGCAGGUUGGCUGUGGACCAGCUUAACUCCACUAGGAAGCAACUUGAGCAGGAGAUAGAUCAUUUGGUGGGAGAGAUCAGUCGCAUUGGAGAGGACAUGAGCUGUACAGCAGAGUAUGAACAAGUUCUACAAGACAGUGAUGAAGAUAUGACCAAGAAGCAACUUCGAAGAGGCCGUAAACAGUUCAACAGCAAGCCUUCAGAGGGGAUCAAGUAUUUGGUUGAGAAGGGACUACUGAAUCAAACUCCAGAAGAUGUUGCUCUCUUUCUGUUUGUCAAUGAUCAGUUGGAUAAGGGCUCAGUGGGCGAAUAUCUGGGGGAGGGGAAGCAGUUCAACAUAACAGUACUCCAUCAGUUUGUGAGCCUACACAAGUUCCAUGGGCUGGACUUGGUCGCUGCUCUAAGGGCGUUCCUUGGAAGCUUUACCCUGCCAGGGGAGGCACAAAAGAUUGACAGGAUGAUGGAAUCGUUUGCACAGAGAUUUUGUCAAUGCAACCCAGGAUUGUUCGAAACCACAGAUGCUUGCUACAUUCUCAGCUUCUCAACAAUCAUGCUCAACACAAGUCUACACAACCCCAAUGUCAAGCAAAAGCCCACCAUCGAAACCUUCAUAUCCAUGAACAGAAAUGUCAACAAUGGCAAGGACUUUCCUGCAGAUAUGCUACAAGGUCUCUAUGCCUCCAUUCGGUCCUCACCAUUCAUAUACCACCAUGGCGUGGAUGAUCUAACUGAAGUGUUCUUCAAUCCUGACCAUGAAGGCUACCUCGUCAAAGAAGGUGGUAAACACAAGAGUUGGCGCAAGCGUUGGUUUGUACUUACUGACAACUGUCUCUAUUAUUUCAAGUCCCCGUCUGACAAGGAACCGCGUGGAAUCAUUCCUCUGGAGAACCUAGAUGUCAGAGAGUGUCCAGAAGUCAAGAAAAACCAUUGCUUUGAGAUCUGCAUGAGUGAGAAGUUACGGCGUGGCACUAUCAAAGCUUGUAAGACCAAUGCUGAUGGUAAGGUAGUGGUGGGGCAUCACAUGAACUAUAGAAUACAAGCAGAGAAUGCUCGUGAAAUGGAGGAAUGGAUGAAACGUAUUCAAGCUUCUAUUAGUAGGAACCCAUUUCUGGAGAUGCUACAAGAUAAGAGACAGAGAGCCUCAAAGACUGGUCCUGUGGGAAUGUGAACACUAUCUGUGCGUGUGUGUGAUAUGUUGUGUAUGUUAUGAGUAAACUGUGUGUAGAAAUGAAAGCUUACACUGA